UUUUGAAACGCCUGUAACGUUGUUUUCCGGUACUUUCAAACACUUAGUGGUCGGCGAGUGAAGUUUAUAUCGUCCAGCAAGUGUUUAAAACUUGCAAAUGAAGCAGCUGGCAGUUAUCUGAUGAGAGACUGCGACAGAAUGUGGAAUCGCUCGCAACCCUUUUAAACUUCAAUUUUCCCGACACGUUUUGAGCAUUAGCGGAUCUUGGAUGGCAUUUCCUGGAUUGUAGAUGUAAAUCGAGUCUGUUUCAGUCGAAAGGGGAGGUGUUUUGCCUAUCACAUUCGUUGGAGUCGUACUUCAUGCAAAAAGUUGUCAUUGGAUCGGUACUUUUCGAGAAAGAUUGACGGAUACAUACAGUAAUGCCAUUUAAAGUACGCUCAAUGUUACAGAAAUAUCACGUUUCAGUUCAAGAAAUGGGAUCGAUUACGGCGAACGUUCAAUGAAUAAGUCGUCAAUGAGGUCUCAGAUUCUUUCCACCCGUGUAGAAAGAAAAUUUAUUCCUUGUGGAAAGAAGGAUAACUUCAUGCUACAAUGCAUAUCUUGAUGUAUAAACUGAAAGACUCAUCUCUCGGUCGACUAAUUGUUUUCCUUCUGAUAUGCGCACUCGUUGUACCGCUAAUAACACAUUACUAUUUAGCACAGGAGACUCGUAACAGUUUUCAGUCGCGAACUAUAAAGUUAGACAGACCCGCUGACAGAGUUGAUUUGGUAUUAGACAGGAUCGAUGGUAUGAAAUACGAAAUUGAGGAGCUGAAGAGGAUCAAAUUGUCUCUGGGUAAUGAACUACGAGAGUUGGAGGGUAAAAAGAACAGGCUUUUACAAAUAAUUUCCAAUUAUUCUAAAAUAGCAGAGGGCUAUAGGGGUCAAGCUGAACAUUAUCAUGGUGAUGUGGCUCGGGCUCAAAGGGAACUUGAAUUGAUAAAACUUGCUAAAAGAAGGGCUAAUGACUGUCCAAUACUACCGCAUUUAAAACUACCUUACAAAUUAGAUGUCUCACCUUUAAACAACAGUGAUUUACUUCCUCACCAAAGUACCGUAUCAAACUGUCACCUACACAACUGCUUUGAUUUCUCAAGGUGUCCAUUUGGUUCAGGUCUCCCAGUGUUUAUAUAUGAGCAGCCUUUUGGCCAGCUGUUGUCAGAUUCAGGUGGGAUGGAAAUUUUUCAGCUGUUACAGGGAAAUCCUUAUACUGUUGAACCUGAGAAAGCUUGCUUGUACAUAGUCAUUGUUGGAUCAAUUGAAGCAAGUCGGCAUUCAAAGAGUAAGAGUGAACUUGAGAAAGAAUUACACCUACUGCCUUACUGGAGAGGAAAUGGUAAAAAUCAUUUACUUCUCCAUAUAAGAACAAGUGUGAGGCACUCUACUAGUAUUCUCUCUCUGGGUAUCAGCACAGGCCUUGCCUUCAUUGCUCAGUCAACAUUUUUCAAAGAUAGAACAUAUCGCCAUGGCUUUGAUAUUGUUGUACCACCAUCAAAUGGACCCAGCAAAGGAGAUGUGUGGCACCUUGCUGCUUUACACCUACCAGCUAGAAGAACAUUUUUAUUAAGUUUUCAGGGUGUACAUAAAGAUCAUCUAACUGAUACUAUGAUAAUUUUACGCAAUCAACUCUAUCAAAUUUCUAAAGACGCCAGAGACUUUUUCAUUGAACUAUAUUUAUCAAAAUCUGAAUUCUUAGGCUCAGAGCAAAGUGGUGAUUGGUUAUUGUGGGGAAGCCAUGAAAGCAGAUCAAAGAUUUUAAAGCAAUCAACUUUUUCUUUAAUAGUAGGAUCAAAUCAUGUUGGCUCAAGUUGGGAUAAUACUCACAUUCGAUUGCUUGAAGCCUUACAGUUUGGAGCUAUACCAGUCAUACUGUCAAAUGACUUUAUUUUACCUUUCAAUGAUAUGAUUGAUUGGCGAAAAGCAGCUAUCAUUCUGACUCAAGCUCGCCUUCCAGAGUUAAAUGUUUUACUUAGAACUAUAACAAAUGAAGAUAUCUUAGACCUUCGCCGUCAAGGAAGGUUCUUAUGGGAAACAUAUCUUUCAACAACCGAUGCUAUUUUGAAGACAGUGUUAGCCACUAUAAGAACACGCCUGUCAAUUCCUGCUGAUCCUGUGACUGCAUCACCAACAGUAUCAGUUUUUGGUGAUUCUAAGCCACCAUUAACAAGUCCUCCAGAUCCAGAUGCACUGACAAGCUUACCAGAGGUGUCUCCAACUUUCAUCAGGAAUUUAACAACAACUACUGUUGAUAGCUAUUAUGCAUGGAAUUUCCCUCCAGGUUCAUUCAGAAUGUAUCCAAGUACACCAUUUGCUCCAGUCCUACCAUCAUCAGCACCUUUUCAAAAUUCAAGCACAAGGUUUGAACUCAUUGGUGAUGGGAUGGGUGGAGCAGGUGUAGAGUUUAGUAAAGCUUUGGGAGGAAAUCAUCCAGUAGAACAGUUUACAAUUGUCAUCUUGACAUAUCAGAGGGAACUGGUACUUAUUGAAGCAGUUCAACGUCUUGUUGGCCUGCAGUAUCUUAAUAAAGUGGUUGUUGUGUGGAACAGUCCUGAGCCCCCAUCUUUGUCCCUGAGAUGGCCUGAUAUUGGGGUUCCAGUUCAUGUUGUUAAAGUAGCAAAGAACAGUUUGAACAAUCGAUUUAUUCCCUACGAUGUUAUAGAAACAGAUGCUAUUUUUUCUGUUGAUGAUGAUGUAGAAAUGCGACCUGAUGAAAUACUCCUGGGAUUCAGAGUUUGGAGGGAAGCAAGAGAUCGUGUUGUAGGAUUCCCAGCACGCUUCCAUGCUUGGGAUGCUCAGAACAAGCAGUGGCUGUACAGUUCAGAAUAUACAUGUGAGUUUUCCAUGAUACUCACUGGGGCAGCUUUCUACCACAAGUAUUUUCGUUAUUUAUAUACAAAUUGGAUGCCACAGAUUAUUAGAGACAAAGUUGAUGAAUACAUGAAUUGUGAGGACCUUGCCAUGAAUUUCUUGGUCUCUCACAUCACAAGAAAACCUCCCAUAAAGGUGACCUCACGUUGGACUUUCAUGUGCCCAAACUGUCCUGUGUCACUGUGGAAUGAUAAAACUCACUUUGAGGAACGCAGCAAAUGUAUCAAUUUCUUUGUAAAGGUAUAUGGUUACAUGCCAUUGCUGAGAACACAGUUUAGAGCUGAUUCUGUCCUUUUUAAAACCAGAAUUCCCAGUGACAAGUCAAAGUGUUUUAAAUAUGUUUAAAUUGUAAAUUAGUUAGAUAAAGGCAAAGGUGUGUGAGCAAUUUUACAAAAUUAUCACAGCAAUAAUGUAAAUGUAUAUUAUGGCCACAAAAGAAACACAAAGGACUCAUUUUCCGGAAACGCGUGGGUAAAUUUAAGGAUUUGAGAGAUAGUUUAUUUUUGUGGUAGCCUUUUCAGGUUGUAAAGGGCUGAAACAGCAGCAAGACAAUUUUAUUUAAAAUCUAUGUUAUUUUGGAUGUGGUUUUCAAUCAUCACUAUGCACGUGGGACUUUGGGAAUGAUAGAGUUUAGGAUAUUCUUUUACCCAUCCAUUUUCUGAAUUACCUAAGUUACUACUAACAAUAAAUGAAACACCCAAAAAAGUUUAGUAGACUUUCAUGAACAACAAUAUUUGUCAGAAAAUCUUAUGAGCAACCAUUCAUCGUAUACAAAUUAAGACUAGCCAGAGCAAAUUGAAUAUUUGUGGCUACCAUCUCCUAGAGGAGGCAAAGCCAUGCAUUUUGUUGAGACAAAUGAGUGAGUGUAGCAAUAGAAUUCCAAUUGUGAAAGUCAACGGGACAGUAAAUUCUAGAAUUAGCUUUCUCUUGUGGGACAGGGUACUCAUAAAUAUGUGGGAUGCGGCAGGUUUUCUGUUUUGCUUGUGAGACAAAUGUUCUGUAACACUGCCUUUACAGUCUCUAGUUCUUUUCAGUGCUAUAAAAACAGGGUGAUACCAGUAGCCACAUGUAGCCUUUGACUGUCUAUUUUAUUCAAUAGAUUGUUUGACCAGUAAUUAAGAGAGCCAACACAUGGAUUUGUUUUUAUUAUCUUUUAAUCAUGGUUAUUUGUAAGACACUCUUAUGAUACAAAAAUAUUCACAAGAUAUUGAAGACUAAAUUCAUAGUGUGGCAUGUUGAGUUAAUUGAGUCAUUAGUAUGUACCUUUCAACAUUGCACGGAAUGAGAAAAAAAGAAACAAACUAUCAGAUUUUAAGUUGUCACAGUGUAACAGGCAAAAAAAGGAAGAAGACAAAUUCACAAAUCAUUGAUUAAAAAAGAAAAACUAACAGGCAGAGCAUCUUGUUAACAUAAUGAAGUUUUUCAGUAUCAGCUUUUCUCAGAUUCUCAUAGUAUUUAAUCCAUAUGAUGACAAAUUUCAUACAUGUAAAGUUGAAAGAUGCAUACUUGUUGAGUUGGAGGGUAGGGUACAGAAAAGAAAAAAAACUAGAAAAGAAAACAAUUAGAUAAAAAGACAAUUUGAAUUUUUCAUUUAUUUAUUAC